AUGGCGACAAACGACAUAAAGAUUGUUUGAAACUGCGACAAGGACAACAGCAAUUUCAAAUGAACUAGUAAAACACCCAAAGGGACACGGCUUGCUCCUCAGUACUAGGGACAUACGUACCCGCUCACCCACUAAGAGGGCCUCUUCUUUAACAAAAAAUAUGUCAAGUGCCAGGAAUUGAAGACGUGUGUAAACGACUAUGUUAGCGAGAUAAAGCCGUCCAAAGAUCAUGGCAGGUUAAAUAUUACUUUCAUUUUUUGGAAAGACCUUUACGGUCUUCUGGGUGGAGCCCCGCGACCGGUAUAUUUUCGCACAGGUGCACACAAAGGUAUUUUAAAUUUGAUCGUGCUGAUGGGAAACACUAUCUGGUACCAAACCGGAAUUUUGCGUUUCACUCACGAAACUCUCAAACAAGUGGAUUUUCCUUUUUUAUUUUGAGGUAUUAGGAGCUCCUCUUGGAAAAGAAAGCAAAUCACCACCUUUAGGUGGGGCAAACAAUGGAAGAAAUUAACUUACCAUCAAUCAAUGCCACGUUCUCUCUACUACAGGACACUUGACACCCGGGGCUUGUAACACUGAGUUUGUACGGGGAAUGGCGAAUGCUGGUCUCCGUCUUGGUAAAACUUAAACGUCUCAAUAAUGAUUAUUUCGUUUAUGCAAGCGUGUGUGUCCGAACAUUCAUGAAUUUUUAAAUCUAAAAGAAAAAAUAGAGAUAUAUGUAUUUUCUGAGCAAUCUCAAUUUGACACUACAAAGAUCCCUGAUAAGCUGCUAAAAGGAAAGGGACAGACAACUUAUUUCAUUAAUCUUGGAUAGUCAUACUUAAAAAUGGCCAAAAAUGUCGUCAUAAUGGCGGAAACCAAAAUUGGCUGUUAACUUUGUGUUAAGAGCUAAAAAUAUCGCAAUAAACUGAUUUGGUAACAAAGAAACAUCCCCUGUUUCGAGUUGACAUACAUUACGCACAAAUCACAACAAAGUGCCUAAGAUCAGUAAAAUUUCAUCUCAUCCUGGCCGCAAAGUAAACAACACUUUGACUCGCAGCUUGUGUAAGAUGCACAAGAGUAAUUAACAGCACUUGUAAUGUUAGGUAAGUGUGAUUACAACACAAAAUGAAUGCGUUUUGAGGGCGACAGGGUCUACUUCCUGAUAAACAACAGGACACACCCAGUUUCGGUAGAUGAAAGGAUUCCAGACUGUACAAAUUGACGGCACAUUUCACUCAAGUCUCAUUUGCGGUUCUUGAUCCUUCCUCUAGGGUUCCUUUUUUAAUGUAUAGCUCAGGUGGCAUGGAAACGAAAUAUUACCCAUUUAACAUUACGAGUAUCCUACGGAACGAUAGUUUCUCUCCUAAUCGAGGUCACUUCAGAAGUGCCAACCAGCACCAGGCAACUGUACCCCGUUCCCCCGCUGCAACAAUGUCGCUAGCGGAACGCUUAGCAGGUAGGUCUUUCCCCCUGAUUAUUUUUACAAUCUCGAAAAGUUUUUAAUGCAGGUUAUUGGAAGCUAUAAAUAUUAGCUGUUUUGACGUGGCAAGGUCACUUGGUCAUUUUUCAACGCUUUUUCUGUUGACCUGUGCUAUUAUAAAAGAAGCUACGCAAAUGUGACGGCAAUGAACGUUUGUUGUCUGAUUGAUGCAAACAAGAGAUGAACGCCCAGGCGACGGUUUCAAGUUGUCUUCUCGGGUGUCUUUGAAUCGUGAUGUUUUAGACAAAAUGAUAUGGGCUUAAUCUUUCCUUUUUGGGUAACUAGCAUUUAGCGCUGAAGUAUGUUUUCGGCACUAGUUUAGAGUUUGCAGCUAGAAGAGAAAAUGGCUAUUGUAGUUUGUGACGUAAUGAUCAUGGUUUGUGGCAGUAUAUCUGUUCUACUUCUUCAAGAAACAAGUUUUUGAAAGGCAAAAGGUAGAGAGUUUGUAACCGGUAAGUUAUUUUGUACAGAACACUAAACUUAUAGUUCAUCGUUUAGGGCGACGAUAUUUCACACUGCAUACAGAAUACCUUCAGGUGGUAGACAGUUCUUUAGUUCUUGCACUGCGUUUUGGCACACCAUUAGUGUCUGCGUCGCCAAACACCGCCCGUUUUCUGACGCCUUCGUGUUUUGAAAACACGAAAACAGUUCUUGCCUGAAAGGUGCUUUGAAGAUUGAGUAACAAAUGAUUUUUACAGCUAAUAAAACGCUUAGUGGUUUGAUGAUUGUUAGUUUAGAACCUAAUAAUCGUUAACAAAUACACAUCCCUAAAUUAGCUUCCAGCAGCGCUAGUUUUCAAGAGGGUUUAUUGCCCUACUUUCUAGCAGAAAACUACUUUUUUAAGGGGUCACUUUAAUUGACAAUUUUCUUGUAGUGAAGAAAGACAGUUAUACAUCAAAUUUGUACUGAAUGAUAUAUCCUGUUUGUGGCGGUUAGCAUGGUGCAGUUGAAUGAUCAGUCGCAUGCCUCGAUCCUCUCAAUUUAGUCAGUUUAGGAACAAAAAUCGCUUCCUUUGUUUACCACAUUACCCCAAAAAAUUGUCAGUUAUUAAAAGUUGAAUUCAUUCUCUCUCUUUCUUGAAAUAUACAAAGUGAUAUUGGUUGUCUGCUUUACACGAAAAUAUAUCCUAGUUUCUUUGAAUCUUGGCAUAGCUCGAAACCUCGAGGCCAACGACGGUACUGGAUUAUUACUGACCUGAAAAUGUAAGUUUUUUGACCACUGUAUAACGAAAGAUUAGCGGUACACCCAAUAUAACGCCGUCACCUGAAGGAAAAUGUAAUCUCUGACUGGGACUUGUUGCACGCCUCGAAAUCGCCAGUCUUUUCUUUCCUAUUGAUUGAAAAGGUAGGUUAAAGAAAACUGCGUUACGGAAAUAUGGUUUUGGUAAAUUUUCAGGCUGGCUUUGGAAGAGUCUCGAAUAUUCACUUUUGCAUAUGCUUCAACUCGAAUCAGCUGUACAUAUGAAAUCUUCGGGUUCUUUGCCGCAGAAUGUUUAGAAACUCACACACAUUUAGAAGCUGAAGCGAAUGCGGCCGUCAAUGAAAGAAAUGAUUAA